AUGUCCGAGGUGUAUCUGUUGGACUUCGGAGCGUCUCGAGGUUUUGACAAAAGCUUCACAGAUGCGUACAUUGAGGUGAUCAAAGCAGCGGCGGAUCAGGACCGAGACCGAGUCCUGCUCAAGUCCAGAGAGAUGAGGUUUCUCACAGGAUUCGAGACCAAGUCGAUGGAGCGUGCUCACGUAGACGCCGUCAUGAUCCUCGGCGAGGCCUUCUCUUCGUCUGCGCCUUUUGACUUUGGCGCCCAGAGCACGACGGAGCGGAUCCACCGCCUCAUCCCCACAAUGCUCCACCAGAGGCUGACUCCGCCCCCAGAGGAGACCUACUCCCUGCACCGCAAGAUGGGAGGGGCCUUCCUCAUCUGCGCCAAACUCAGGGCCAAGAUCCAGUGCAAGGACAUGUUCCAGAGCACCUACCGGGACUACUGGGGACCUGUGUGA